CCUCUUUUUAACGGCCGCCUCUCCGGCCCUCUUUCACCUCACCAUUCCGCCGUCUUUCCGUAGCCAUUCGGCCACAGUCAUUCAUUAAUUUUUUAUUUUACUGCAUUUAUUUGCAUACAGUUCAUCACGCUCUUUAAUAUAGUAAUAAUUGUGUUGUUCGUUCAGCUGGAAUAAUACGCUCUUUCGGAUUUCUACCUGCAACGACCACCCUAAUACGCUCUCUCAGUACCAAGAUUCCUGGAGAACCUAAUCGUCACUCUUUUAAAGAACACAUCCAAGUUCUUAACGAAUACCGCGAUAUCACUCAUACCGAAAUCUCGAACACCUUGAACCCCUUGAACCAUCUCACCGUCAAUAUGGCAUACUCAACCUCAGGAGAUUGUGGCUUCUUCGUCGAGUCUGACGAGCCUCGUCAACCUCGGAUCAGCGUGAAGGAUGCGGCAAAGAUGUUGGCACGUAACAGACAAGAAAUGAUUGCCAACGAGUUGUCCCGUCUGGCCGGUGAUGAAUAUCUGGAGGAUAUAAUGCAGCAUAUGAGGCACAUGGAGGACGAGACGUUGCCGGAUGCUAAUCUAAUUGAUAUGCAACGGGAGAUCCAGUGGUUCAUGAGACCUUACCUGAUCGACUUCUUGAUCGAGGCCCAUGCAGCCUUCGCACUUCUUCCCGAGACCCUGUUUCUGACUGUCAAUCUGUUAGACCGAUACUGUUCUAAGCGAGUAGUCUACAAGCAGCACUACCAACUAGUCGGAUGUGCGGCCCUUCUCAUCGCUGCCAAGUAUGGCGACAAGAAGGAUCGUGUGCCCCAGAUCAACGAGCUAAACAACAUGUGCUGUGGAUUGUACGACUCCGGAAUGUUCACUCAGAUGGAGAUGCACGUCCUCAACACACUUGAAUGGACUAUCGGACACCCUACUGUUGACUUCUUCACCCAGUUGAUCGUUGCCGAGGAGGCCGAUGACCGAGAGGUCGAGCAUAUGGCCGCUUACCUAUGCGAGAUUGCCUUGUAUCACCGAGACUUCGUUUCCACCAAGCCCUCGAUCAUGGCGCGUGCCUCGCUCGCCCUCGCUCGUGCGAUACUAGGACGACCGGAGGUCAACGAUGGAGAAUGGGACCACUUGGAGAACGUCACCGUCCUCGCCCUAUCUCAACACUUGCACCAACCGUCAGUUACAUUGUCAAGAAAGUAUUCGUCGCAACACCUAUCUCGCGUUUCCGGAAAGCUUGCCGAGUUCCUCGCCCAACAGGCAGCCAUUGCCCGUCGAGCACAAGGUCCCCCGUCUCCCCCAGCAGAGUCCUCUCUGUCGGCUCACUCUAGCAUUUACAGCACUCCCCAGAAAGGACACGGUGCCGCUAUGGGUGUCGCAGAUGGAUAUCUCACACCGCCCAUCACCCCCGACGGAGUUAACUUCGGCGUUGCGGAUCCGAUGAACAAGUAUGUUCCGCCUCGAUGCCCAGUUACUCCCACGCCGCAGCCUCCCAGCAUGACCGGGUAUUCUCAACAACAAACACAACAACAUCAACAUCAACAACACACGCAGCAAUACUCUGGCUACUCGUACGAUGAAUACAGUGGCCCGAUGGUCUCGUAAUGAUCCUGAUGACCCGGCCCAACACUUCUACAGAUUCAACGUAGAUUCACUCAAUAUAACUCUUAACAUAUGAACGACACCAA